AAUUUUCACAUUCUGAAAUGUCAGAUUCAAUAAAAUAGACAAUAAAGAAUGAUAAAUAAUAAGUUAAUAAAUCCAGAUCGCCUUUUUAGAAUUGCAGAAUAAAAAUUAAAGAAAAACAGAAUGUCUAAUUAGAUCCAAAUUAAUAAAUUCAGAAUGCGUCUAAAAUGAUAGAAGUGGGUAUGAAUUACUUCUAGAAUCAGUAAUAUUCUAUGGCAAAAGUUGUUUUGAUAAAUAGUUCUCAAGUGUUAUUACCCAUAAUAAAAUAAAAAAGUAAUAUAAUUUAUAUAUGUAGAGUAAAACCAAGAAGAUCAUACUGCAGAAUAUUAACAAUUAAUAAAGGCCAUAAGCACAGCCGAAAUGUGUACACAGAAAGUUGAUCAACUACAAUAACACUUAGUAUCAAAUUAUAUUUAAUAAGGCUUCCUAAGAUCCAUACAGUAAGUAAAUAAUAGAGACCGCAAUGAUAAGGAAAUGUGAUGUUACUUUCGAUUCGAUUGUAGGCUUAGAAAGCAUAAAAAAUUAAUUAGAAGAAGUGAUUGUCUUACCAAAUUUAAGACCUGACAUUUUCACAGGAAUUCGUGCUCCUCCCAAAGGUUAACAUUAUAAGGAAUCUCCUUAGGUAUUUUAUUCUAUGGGCCACCUGGGAAUGGGAAAACUCUAUUAGCCAAAGCUGUAGCCAAUUAAAUAAAAUGUUGUUUUUUCAAUGUUAGUGCUUCAACCUUGGUAUAGAAACAUCUUGGAGAAGGAGAAAAAUUGAUGAAAACUUUAUUUAACGUAGCAUUUAAGUUUUAGCCAUCAGUAUUGAAAUGAAUUAUUUAGGUAAUAUUUAUCGAUGAAAUUGAUUCCAUUCUAUCUAGCAGAUCCAGCGAGGAACAUGAAGCGAGUCGAAGAUUAAAGACUGAAUUCUUGGUUUCAUUUGACGGGAUGCAGACAACCGAUCAAGAUAGAAUUUUCUUAAUUGCAGCUACUAAUAGACCUUAAGAUAUUGAUGGGGCUGUACUUAGAAGAUUUGUAACGAAUUUAAAUAAUAAAGACUGUGAAAAUACUAAUUGAUCAACCUGAUCAAAAAGCUAGAUUGGGUCUAGUUAAAUCACUUAUGUAGGCUGUUAGUCAUUCUAUUUUAGAUAUAGCUUUUGAUAAGAUAUGUGAAAAAUUGGCUGGUAAUACUAUGCAUAUAUAGUAAUUAGGUUAUUCUGCAAGUGAUAUUAAGGCAGUGGUUAAGGAAGCCUGUAUGCAGCCAUUAAGAGAGGAUAAAAAUACUUUGGUGGCUAUGUCUGCUUAAAAUAUUAGGCCAGUUAGGAAAGAAGAUUUUGAGUUCGCAAUUAAUAAAGUUAAGCCUUCCCUUACUUAAAAGCAAUAUUAAGAAUAUAUAAGUUUUAAUAAAUCUGAAUAAUGA